AUGACAGAGAACACUCCACAAGACCCAUUCGGUCAACUCCCCGAGGAGCUCAGGCUCCAGAUAAUCAAACUCUCUCCGAACCCUUUCUCACUACGAAACCUGGCCCAUGCGUCGCCCGCUAUGGGCAGAGUGCUCGACAGAUAUCCGCUCGAAAUUGUGGAGGAGGUUAUGACGGUUACCGUUCCCGUGCAGACGCGUCGCCUGAUGGACGCGGUCCUCAAAGCUCGCUUUUCAGACUUCUUCGCAUCCAUGCCCGAGGCUCAAACUAUUGCUGAAGCUGACUGGGUUUUCGCCACCGAAAACAUACGUUCGUCUGGACUGGACCGAGCCGCCGCGGCAGUACGGUCUUUGCUCGCUAGCGCCGCGAAUGUGCAUGCCUGGUCUCAUGCCUGCCUUGAACAUUUGAUACGAAAAUCUUUGCAGCUAAGGCCCUCCACACUCAUCAAAAUGGGGUCUGGGAAUAUGGUCCGGGAACGUUUCGAAAGCGCCGAGAGUCGAAAGGACUACAUUCCACAGGAAACCGGCCCACCUUCGUACGUGGAAGAGAAGCGGAUGAUGGAAUCGUUCUGGCGACUACAAUUCCUCCUGGAACUCCAGGACGCCGGUCGUAAGGGCCGCCUGGACGCCAUUUGGCCGAGAGAGGAAAUUGAUACGUUGUUCGAGAGCAGCGCGGAUGGCUUUUACGACGUGCACAAAUCCGUGCGAGAGCAGAUCUUGACCGCCAGCGAUUUUCUCGACGCAGUCACCUCUGGGUCCAUUGCUUCGGUGGAAGCUGUUAAGAACAACGCUUUUGAUUUGCCAACGAUACGUUGGGAAGAAGGAGCAGUGUCUAGGAUCCACGUUGCGAAUACUUAG